UCCCCCUUCAUCGCGACUGCGCGCGCCGUACUUAUACACUAACCAUUCAAUGCGACAUGUCGUAUCUCUUCACACACAUAUACACACACACGGUAAUACUGGGAAGUGCGAAGACUGCGUGGGACAAAACUCUACCCCUCCUUUUCUUCAAUCUGGGGCAGUGCAGUGCGCUGGCACGCGACCACAGCACUGCGCCAGCCGAAUCAUCGUCUCUAUCUCGACCACGCUUUCCUUCUGCCGCCAUGCAUCGUGAACUUCUCCAAAACCUUCGGAUGGAUGAUACGGAGUUGGCGAGUGCAAGAUUGGCGAAUCGUGUGUCCUCAAUCGAAUGCCUGUUUCCCGAUGUCGUGUAA